AUGCUUCUAGCCACAAACCCAGGGAGCACAACUAAGAUCAAAACAAAAACAGAAAAUGGCAAAAAGAUUUUUGAAAGGGUGUAUAUAUGUUUGAGUGCAUGUAAAGAAGGGUUCCUCAGAGGUUGUAGACCUUUGUUUGGAGUGGAUGGGUGUUUCUUAAAGGGUUAUUGCAAGGGGAUUCUCCUCGCAACAGUGGGUAUUGAUGGAAACAACUCAAUGUUCCCUAUCGCAUAUGCCAUAGUUGAGAAAGAAACUUUUGAUACAUGGAAAUGGUUUUUAGGGCUAUUGAAGGAUGAUUUGAAUGUUGAUGAGCCUGACUUAUACACCCCCAUUAGUGAUAGACAAAAAGGCUUGGAGAAUGCUGAGAGUGAACUUUGGGUUGGUUGUGAAACUAGAUUUUGUGUUAGACAUAUGCACUCCAAUUUUAAGAAAGACCACCCUAGUCUUUUAUUGAAGCAACUACUUUGGGCAGCAGCAAGGGCCACCACCGUGGCAAAAUUUCAAAAAAGGAUGCAAGAUUUGAAAGACGUUUCUAAGGGAGCUUAUAAUUGGUUGGCUAAUAAGAAGAGUCCGACAGAAUGGAGUAGGUCUCACUUUCAAGUAAAGGCGAAGUGUGAUAUGUUGCUAAAUAACUUAUGUAAGAGUUUUAAUGCUGCUAUCCUUGAAGCGAGGGAGAAGUCAAUCAUAACACUACUUGAAAAGAUUCGAUAUUGGUUAAUGUGUCAUUUUUGCAAGAACAGGGAGAGUGUUACCAAGUGGGUGCAUCCAGUUGGGCAGCGUAUAUUGAAAACUAUUGAGAAAAACAAAGAGGUUGCAAAAUAUUUCUUAUCAACAAGAGCUACAUCACAUACUUAUCAAGUGGACACAACAUCAGGUCAAGGGUACAUAGUUGACUUACUUAAGAAAGAAUGCACUUGUCGAAAGUUUCAACUCACUGGUAGACCAAGAAAAUCAAGAAAGAGGGAUGCUGAUGAACCACCUGUGGGAAGCACCAAGACUCGUAGAGUUGGACAAGUCCACCAUUGUUGCAACUGCAAGCAACAAGGGCACAAUGUGAUGAGUUGCACCAACACUUUUGUUCCUCAGGAGCAUGUUAAAAAAAGGAGAGGGAGGCCUCCAAGCAAGAAACCUACUGAAGCAACCAAAAAGAGAGCAGAAAGGAGAAGGAAACAAAAUGUCAGGGAACAAGCUGCCAAGGGUGGACCUUCAACUUCUAAAAGAUCUUAG